CCUGAUCCAUCCGGAGGGCAGGUAGCUGCUCGGCUGGUUGCAGGUGCAGCUCCUCUCAGUGGAGGAGGGCCCUGAGCAGGCGGGGCCUGGCGGGAGCGCCUCUGCCAUUGGCCCAGCCCAGGCUGCACCUGCCCGGUGCCGGCAGGCCCUUAGCACAAAGUCCAGGGUCCCAGGCUAAGGAGGCAGCAGUCCGUGGCAGCGCAGGCGGGUCCCCGCCCUCGGCCAGGCAAGAUGCCCCUGGGGCUACGGAGAAAAAAGAAAUGCAAUACCAAGGAGACCUCCCGGCUGGUGGAGGGCGAGCAGACGAAUGCGGCUGGCGGCAGCCUACCCAGCCUCCCGGCGCCCACCUGCAGGCUGGUUUUCCACACGCAGCUGGCCCACGGCAGCGCCACGGGCAGAGUGGAGAAUUUCUGCAGCAUCCAGGAGCUCUACGCCAAGAUCGCGGGCGUGUUUGAGAUUUCGCCGUCGGAGAUCUUAUAUUGCACUUUAAAUACACCUAAAGUUGACAUGGGAAAACUCUUAGGAGCACAGAUAGGUCUUGAAGAUUUCAUAUUUGCCCAUGUGAAAGGGAUCAAAAAAGAAGUGAAUGUGUAUAAAUCUGAGGAUUCACUUGGUCUCACCAUUACAGAUAAUGGUGCUGGCUAUGCUUUUAUAAAGAGAAUUAAAGAUGGCAGCGUAGUUGACUCAGUUAAAACAAUCUGUGUGGGGGAUCACAUUGAAGCCAUCAAUGGAGAAACUAUCAUUGGGUGGCGUCACUUUGAAGUUGCUAAGAAGUUAAAGGAAUUAAAAAAAGAGGAACUCUUUACCUUGAAGUUAAUAGAACCUAUGAAGGCCUUUGACAUGGAGCCCAGGUCAAAAGCUGGAAAGUCAUCAACAGGAAAGAUUGGUACUGGAAGGGAGACACUUCGCCUGAGAUCAAAAGGUCCUGCCACUGUGGAAGAAGUGCUACUACAAUGUUUGAAGCUGGAAAGGACAAAGGUAAUCCAGAUGAAUUUGCUGUGGCACUUGAUGAAACCCUUGGAGACUUUGCGUUCCCAGAUGAAUUUGUCUUUGAUGUUUGGGGAGUCAUUGGUGAUGCCAAAUGAGGAUGAUUAUGACGUGAAUGAUCGUCUCUGGAGGAAUGAACCAUUGUUCCUGAAAAAAAAAAAGUUAAAAUCUGCUUUUAGACACUGUUAUGGACUCUGGCUUGUUUUAUGUGUAUGAAUACAUUCUUUUGAAAUAUAAUUUUGAUUUCUGGGCACUUUUUAAUUCAGUUGCAUAUGUAGUAUGCUUAAGAUAAAUUACCUAAAACAUGAUCAAUUUUAAUACUCAUUUAAAAGCUUUUUAAAGUUAGUUUUAGAGGGUAUUUCUAGAUAGGUUAUUUUGUUCCCCAAUGACACCCAUGUUUUGUUUUCCACGUAAUAAGUAGUUGAUUGCAAUCACUUUGUAGUUCUUUUACAAAAUCUAAUGCAGUGAAAAUGAGGGUUGGAAUAUAAUUUGCCUCAUAGCAUCUUCAUUUUGUUAUACUAGCUUGAACAGGAUAUGUUCAGGACAUGAAAUAUGAAUUAUGCCUACUAGAUGUCUAGAAACAUUUUUAAAAAAAAUCCACUGAAUAAGGGGAGGAAGAUUCCUAUAGCCUGUUAAUGUCUAUGGCUUAUUCUCUUUGUAAAACAAGGAUUGAUUGACUUUUAUUUUUUGCUUCUUUGUAAUUGCUUCCUUGCUUCUUAAACUUGUUGAAAUCUA